CCCAAGAAGAUCUAAAGCAGCGCUGCUCUUUCUUCACCUUAAUUCGCAAUCGCCGCUAUACCAAUGGCUUCCUUUUCUGCAUUUCUAUUGACCCUGUCAGUUAUAUCAUUCCUUCUCCUGGGCACCACCUCCAUGGCGCAACUCACCCCCGACUUCUACUCCGAGUCAUGCCCCGACCUCUUCACGGUGGUUCGUUCUCAGAUUGAGAGUGCUGUUCAAAACGAGAAGAGGAUGGGUGCAUCACUAGUUCGCAUGUUCUUCCAUGACUGCUUUGUCAAUGGUUGUGAUGGCUCUGUUCUGCUGGAUGACACACCCACAUUCGUCGGGGAGAAGAAGGCAGGGCCGAACAUGAACUCUCUUAGGGGAUUCGAGGUGAUCGAUGCCAUCAAGGCCGCAGUGGAGGAAGUCUGCCCUGGUGUCGUCUCCUGUGCCGAUAUCAUAGCAAUUGCUGCUAGAGACUCUGUUGUUGAGUUGGGCGGAACAAGCUGGGAUGUGAAGGUGGGAAGAAGGGACGCGAGGACAGCAAGCCAGGCCCUAGCAAACACCAGCAUUCCUGCUCCCACUAGCAGCCUUUCUAAGCUCAUCUCCAGCUUCGCCGCCCAGGGCCUUUCUGUCAAUGAUCUGGUCGCACUAUCAGGAGCUCACACCAUUGGGCAGGCAAGAUGCACCAACUUCAGAAACCACAUCUACAACGAAAGCAACAUAGAUAGCUUCUUCGCCGGGACAAGGAGAGCCAACUGCCCUCCGACCAAGGGCUCCGGUGACGACAACCUGGCUCCUCUUGACAUAAACACUCCAAACUUGUUCGACAACAGCUACUACGCGGACCUGAUUGCCAAGAGGGGCCUCCUUCACUCCGAUCAGGAGCUCUUCAAUGGUGGAUCCACCGAUUCCCAGGUUCAAGCUUAUGCCAGCAACCCUGACGCAUUUAAUGCUGAUUUCAUCGCGGCCAUGAUCAGGAUGGGAGACAUCAAACCUCUCACUGGCAACAGCGGAGAGAUCAGGAAGAACUGUAGAAUGGUGAACUGAAGUAUCGAAGAAAGUCAGCUUAUUUAAUUAUCAUUAUGGCUCUUGAGUCGAUCAUCAGAAAAGAAGCUCCGAAUUAGCAGCGGCCGUUUUCAUUGCUAGCUUUUGGUUGUAACAAUACAAGCACCGUAUGAGUGCGCUUUUGUCUACUUAGACCUUUCUGUUGUUAUUCCCUUUCAUUUUUCUCUUGUUUUUUUCUCCUUUUGAGACCUUUCCAUUCGGAAGGACCUAGAGUUCUAUUGGCUCAUCUAGUCAUGUGGAUCAAGCUCUUAGAAUCCUCAGUUAAUGAAUUUGAUUUUUCUUA